AUGGCUCCCAAAAAGAAGGAGGUCCAAAAGCUCUCCUAUGGAGAAUUCAUGACCGAUACCUCUUUUGGAGGAUCCUGGGCUGACGAGGUUGAGGAUACCUAUGGAUCCCAGCCCUUGCCUGCUCCCGAGCGUCGUGCUGCUCCAGGUGCCUGGGGUGAUCGCGGCUUCCACGUCCGCGACCCCGGCCCGCAGCAGCUUCCCGAGAAGGCGCCUUUCACCGCGCACUUGGGCAACCUGUCUUACGAUGUGACCUCUGAUGCCGUCAGCGAGUUCUUCGAGGGUUGCGAUGUCAUCAAUGUCCGAAUUGUGGAGGAUCGCGAGCAGCAGCGCCCCAAGGGCUUCGGCUAUGCCGAGUUUGCUGACGUCGAGGGCUUGAAGAAAGCACUGACUAUGGAUGGCGAGACCUUCCAGGGUCGAAACAUUAGGAUUCGCGUUGCUGAUCCUCCCAAGGACCGCGAGGGUCGCACUGAGAUGCGAGACAUUGAUUGGACACGACGUGGACCUCUUCCGGAUCUCCCUAACCGCGGUGGUGACCGACGCGGCCCUGCCGACUUUGCCGAUCGCCGACCCUCUCGUGAUGCUCCCGCUGACGAUGGACGAGUUCGUGACUUGGGCUCAUGGGAGCGAAAGGGACCCCUGGCCCCUCUUCCCCAGCAGGAGCCUGCCCCUGGUUCUCGCGAUGGCAGCCGGCCUCGCACCAACGAGGGCGGUCGCUCUGAGUCCUACCGCGGCGACAGAAGGGCUUCGCCGGCUGCCUGGGGCGAAGGCCGCCAGGAGGGUUCUCGUCCUCCUCGCCGCGAGUUCACCGAGCCGCGCCCUGAGCGUGUUCCUACCGCCGCCGAGCGGGACAUGCAGUGGCGAACUAGCAUGCGCCCUGAUGCUCCCGUCAAGUCUCCUACCCAAUCUCGCAGCGGAAGCGAGGCCCCUCCUUCUCCAGCUCCCGCCGCUGCUGUCCCUGCUUCGCGGCCCAAGCUGAACCUGGCCAAGCGAACCGUCUCGGGUGCGCCUGAUGUCACCUCCCCAGCCCUGCCGUCUGCGACCGAUUCCAAGGCCAGCCCCUUCGGUGCUGCGCGACCUAUCGACUCUGCCGCAAGAGAGCGCGAGAUUGAGGAGAAGCGACAGGCUGCUCUGAAGGAGAAGAAAGAAGCCGAUGAGAAGGCCAAGGAGGAGCGCCGGCUAGCAAAGGAGGCUGCUGCUCAGCAAGCCGCUGAGAAACAAGAGGUCGAGGCGAGCAACGAGGAGGCUCAGCCCAAGGUUGCUGAGGAGGCUGCUCAGGAGCCCCCCAAGGAGGCAGAGGCCGCUGCCCCCGAGGGUCAGAACGGUGGUGAUGGCGAGCAAAAGGCGCCCCUGCGCCCACGCGAACCCAAAGAGAAUGUGCAGAACGCCAAGUCUCGUGCCACAGAGAGCGGCAACUGGCGCUCGGCCUCGGGCGACCAAAGGGGCGCUCGCGGUCCUAUCCCCAGCGGCCCCCGCCGUGGCGGUGGUGCACCCCGUGGUCCCCGCGACGGACCCCGAGCACCUCGUGCCAACGGCAGCUCUGCCCCUGCUGGUCAGCAAGCCCCUGCCCAAUCCUCGGCAGAGCCAGCUCAGAAGACGACCGAUGAGGAAGGCUGGGAGACUGUCCCCAACAAGGGACGACGCAACCAACGCGGACGGGUUGCGUGA